CACUUCAGGCCCUUGCUUAUGCUCACAAGUGUUUGCUUCUUGAGACGGCUUGAACUUUUUCAGGAAGAUUAUUUGAGGUGCUUAUAGUCACUUCGAGCACAUUAAUAACGACCAGGUCUUCAUCCGCCAAGCGAGCAUCUCAUCUCGCUGUUAUCGCCACCCACGAACGGCAUCGCCACACGCAGACGGCCGCUGCAUCGCAUCCCCAACAUACAAAGUGGAUUUAUUUUGGGCCGAGAAUCGUGCGUCGAUCGGGGAGGCUGGUAAAGUAGAGGGUCGCAAAAUGUCUCACCCAACGUCAACCGCGACCCCUGCUUUGACGCCCAAAUUCUGUUUCAAUGAAAGGGCACUUCGAGAAUUCCUACGGCUCUCACGGUCGACGAUAGAUGACUCGAUUACGCAAAAUCUGAAUGCACUAUAUACACCGGCACGGGACGGCUUUGACCCCUCCUCAACGGCCGCCCGCCAGAUAGACCCCGCGGCGGAGAGGACAAUCGACCCGGCAGCCUGCGCAAGUUUCAAGGAUAAAGUGCUAUUUCCCUCCUGGCAGGCCCGGUCAGACGUGCUCAGUUAUUGCGCUGGGGUGGCAACGAGCCCUGACCCAGAGGAUCCGGACCUUCUGCUGCGUGAAGUCGAGUCGGCCAAGGACCGUGAGCGAGUGGUAGACGAACGACUUGAUCCUUACUCUGCGCGGUUCUUCCCCCGGGAACCACGCACGGAGUCCUUAGCACACCUCGUCCGGUACCAGAGAAGCGUCGAAGACAUCAUUCGUGCGCGGACUUGGGGUCUCGUGACUGAGAGAUGCGAGAGUUCAUCGGAGAACUGGGAAGAAGCGCUGAACAAAUGGCGUGAAACAAGGCAGAAACCAUCUCAGCAGUAGCCUUAACACUGUUCUGGCUUUAUGGUGGAUGGACAUUGGCUUGGGAGUGUUCUACUUCAUCGGAAGGCCGGACGGACUCGGGCCCUCAAAGCUGGUUACUUGACCAUGUUCAAACUUAUGUACAUAAAUGACCCUGUAAACAAUAGCAUAAAACGGCGUUCUUCACUCAG